AUGAAAACCUUUAUUGUUUUUGCGUCCUUCUUGGUCCUUUCCAUGGCCGCCCACAUACCCAUCCUUCGUCAAGUGACAGAUAUCAACCCGGAUGGAAGCUACAAUUACGCAUACGAAACCGGUAACGGAAUCGCCGCUGAAGAACAGGGAUUUUUGAAUGGAGAAGGACAAGUUGCUCAAGGGCAGUUCCAAUACCCAUCUCCGGAUGGUAAAACUGUGCGUUUAGUGUAUUUGGCCGAUGAGGAUGGUUUCAGGCCUCAAGGCGAUCAUCUUCCAACACCACCACCAAUCCCACCGAUGAUCCAAAAGGCAUUAGAUUAUUUGGCGCGCACCGGAAAAUUGUAAAAUGGAAGAACACGCUCUGUU